ACUCCACAUAAAUUGGUGUUUGAAACAAAACAAAACACAAAAAAGUCAUCGAUCGACUGCAAUUUACAACGGCGAAGAGAGAAUUGAAUCAACGCGGUAGCGGCGAAUUUAGCGUCGAAACAUGGUAGCUUCAACCGAAUCGCCCUUCAAACCAGACAUCUUAAAAGGCAAAGUAGCUUUAAUAACUGGCGGAGCGUCGGGAAUUGGGUUUGAAAUAUCAACACAAUUGGGGAAACAUGGAGCGUCGGUUGCUGUGAUGGGUCGUCGGAAGCAAGUUCUUCAAUCUGCUGUUUCGGUUCUUCAAUCGCUUUCGAUUCCUGCUGUUGGGUUUGAAGGGGAUGUGAGGAAGCAGGAAGAUGCGGCGAGAGUUGUUGAUUUGACUUUUAAGCAUUUUGGGAGGAUUGAUAUUCUUGUUAAUGCUGCUGCUGGGAAUUUUCUUGCUGCUGCUGAAGAUCUUUCGCCGAAUGGGUUUCGAACAGUUUUGGAUAUCGAUUCUGUUGGCACAUUCACUAUGUGUCAUGAAGCACUUAAGUAUCUCAAGAAAGGGGCACCAGGUAGGAACUCUUCUAGUGGGGGAUUAAUAAUAAACAUUAGUGCUACCUUGCAUUAUGGAGCUUCUUGGUAUCAAAUUCACGUAUCUGCUGCAAAGGCAGCUGUUGAUUCCACUACAAGAAACUUGGCACUGGAAUGGGGAACAGAUUAUGAUAUCAGAGUCAAUGGGAUUGCACCAGGUCCAAUAGGUGAAACUCCUGGCAUGAGUAAACUGGCUCCUGAAGAAAUAGGUAGCAGAGGCAGAGAUGAAAUGCCUCUGUAUAAACUUGGGGAGAAAUGGGAUAUUGCAAUGGCUGCUCUCUACUUAGCAUCAGAUGCAGGAAAAUACAUUAAUGGUGACACUAUGGUAGUUGAUGGAGGACUUUGGCUGAGCCGGCCACGUUAUUUGCCGAAGGAGGCAGUGAGACAGGUAUCACGAGAAGUAGAAAAAAGAUCCAGAAAUGAACCAAUUGGUGUUCCAAAAAGUAAGCUAUGAGCCAGCGGAUUCAGUUUUAGCCCCUCUGCACCGCAGGGGAUUACUUCUUUAAACAAUACAAUGGAUGGAAUAUAUGAUCUCAGUCACUAAUAAAUUGAAAUUAUUACAAAGUUCAACUUUGCCAAGCUUAGAAACAUAAUUUACGAUGAUUUAAAGUUGCAAAUACAUCCAGCAGAAGAAUAAAAAGGCUAUGGCUAGACCCCAUGGUUGUUUGUAUUGUCUUUGCUUGUUGGAACUGUAAGCAAAUUCAGCUGUAUGUAUGUAACUUUGAACGUGAAAUGUGGUUAGUGUUCUAAUAAACAAAUCCUUAGUCACUUUCAUUUCA